AUGAGGCGAGGCCUGGAGGCGGCCGGGGGCGGGGACGGGCGGUACCGGGGGCGCGGCUUCAGGGGCGGGUACCGGGGCCAGCCCAGGUGUGCGGGGCGGGUACCGGGGCCAGACCAGGUGUGCGGGGCGGAGCCGCUUCUUCCUCGGAGGCCGGUGUGCGAGUCCCGGGGCCGAAGGAUCGGGACCGGCAUCGCCGCGGGCGGGAGGAGCCGCUCCGGGACGGGCGCUGGAACCGAGCCCGGCGCUGCCCCUCCUGCUCCGGCCGCCGCGGGGCUGGGGGGCCCGCCGGGGCUCCGGGCACGCUCCCGCUGCGGCCGCGGGGAGCCGGGGCCGUGCCGCUGCCGGGCCCGCCAGGAGGACGGCGCUUUCCCCGAGCAGACGCUGGAUCGCGGCUGGAAGCGGGCGGGGCACGGGGACCGCCCGUGCCGGCCCCGGGACCCCGCCGGCAGCGCCGCGCCCUCAGCGCCGCCGCCCGCCCCGCGGGGCGCCGCCUGGCGGACACGGAGCCGCCCUGCAGCCCCCGGGGAUGCCGAGCCCUCCGCGGCCCCCGAGGCCACCGCUCAUCCGACACCUGCCGCGUGA